AUGGCUACUCAAAUUAUCCGUAUGAAUGGCGAUACUAAAGAGCUUGGGAAAAGGUUCAUUCCAAAGUUGAUUCGAGACAAUCCACGCAUUGCCUCAGUUAUAGGAAGGCCUAUUGAACAAGCUCGGAUCAAUGGUACAAAUCCUGAGGCAAUACAAGAGUUCUAUACUCUAUACGAACGUAUCGUUCGCGAAUUCAACAUUCAGCCCUGCAACAUGUGA